GGGAAAGGAUUGAUUACUCCCAUCUGUGUGGGCUGUUUUUGGGGAGCUUUUUAUUUCCGAGUUUCUCGGUGCUGCACUUUUCUUUUCUUUUCUUUUCUUUUCUUUUCUUUUCCUAUCAUCUUGAUUUGCUUGCUCGCAUGGACAUGUACGUGUGGUUGACUUUCCUUGUGGCUGGGCUGUGUGUGCUGCCUGCUGUGCUCAGGACACUGUGUCCAUACUUCACCCAGGACUGCGCCUACAUGCUGAAGGCUGCGCUCUAUGGACUGCGUCUGGAGCUCUAUAAGAGAAGAGCUCGCUUUUACAGCAUUCUCGACUGUUUUCUAGAUGCCGUGAUGAAACAUCCGCACAAACCAUUCAUUCACUUUAUGGGAGAGACGCACACGUAUUCAGACGUGGACAGAAAGAGUAAUAAAGCGGCUCAUGCUUUGCAGAAGGUUGCUGGGCUGAAAGAGGGUGACAUUGUGGCCUUAUUCUUAGGCAAUGAGCCUUGUUUUAUCUGGAUCUGGCUCGGAUUGGCUAAACUCGGCUGCUCUACUGCUUUACUCAACUUUAACAUCAGAUCUAAAUCCCUUCUGCACUGCUUCUCAUGCUGUGGUGCAAGUGUACUGAUAGUAGCAGAAGAGCUCUGCAGUGCAGUUGAAGAAAUUUUGCCUGCGUUGAAAGAGAAGAGCAUCAGCGUGUAUGUGCUCUCUGAUGCAUGCAGCACAGAUGGCAUUCAAGGCAUCUCUGAGGCCAUCGCACAGGCACCUGAUAAAGCUCUGUCUCCAUCACUCAGGGCUAAUGUUACGUGCCGCAGCACGGCGCUGUAUAUCUACACAUCUGGAACCACUGGUUUGCCUAAAGCAGCCACGGUGACUCAAGAGAGAGUUUGGGCUGCUUCAUUUAUCCAGGGUGUUUCUGGAGUUACAUCCGAAGACAUAUUUUACAUCAACCUGCCUUUGUACCACAGCGCUGGCUUCCUCAUCGGAUUCACCGGCUGUAUCGAGAGAGGAAACUCUUUUGUUCUGCGGAGAAAAUUUUCUGCCUCUCAGUUCUGGGACGACUGCAGGAGGUAUAAUGUUACAGCAAUGCAGUACAUUGGAGAAACAAUGCGUUACCUCUGCAAUACACCGAAGAGAGAUAACGACCGAGACCACAAAGUAAAGAUCGCUAUAGGUAAUGGUGUACGAUAUGAUGUGUGGAAUGAAUUUUUGAAUCGUUUUGGGAAAAUUUACGUCAGAGAGCUCUACGCUGCCACCGAGGGAAACAUCGGGUUUAUUAACUACACCACAAAGGUCGGAGUGGUAGGCCGGGUUAACUUCCUCCACAAGAGAUUCUUCCCCUACUCCCUGAUCAAGUUUGACAUUGAGAAAGAGGAGCCUGUGAGGAACGCUGAUGGAUUUUGUGUGCCAGCAGCUCCAGGUGAGCCUGGACUGCUGAUUGGGAAAAUCACCAUCAAGUCUCCAUUUGUUGGUUACGCUGGAAACAAGCAGCAGACAGAAAAGAAAAGACUCCGAGACGUUUUUGUUAAAGGCGAUCUCUAUUUCAACAGCGGAGACUUGCUAAAAAUUGACGACGAAAACUUUGUCUACUUUCACGAUCGGGUUGGAGACACUUUCAGAUGGAAAGGUGAAAAUGUAGCCACAACUGAAGUAGCUGAUAUCCUCAGUAUGGUGGACUGCAUCGAGGAAGCAAACGUAUACGGCGUCGCGGUCAAAGGUCAUGAAGGAAGGAUUGGAAUGGCAGCUAUUGUGUUAAAAGAAGGGAAGGAGUUUGAUGGCAUCGACACGUCUAGAGUCGUAGUUAACUAUCUACCAGUUUACGCCACACCCCGUUUCAUUCGCAUUCAGAGUUCUUUAGAACUUACAGGAACUUUCAAGAUGAAAAAGGUGAAGCUGGUAGAGGAAGGCUUUGAUCCAGCGCUCAUUCGCGACCAGCUCUACUUCCUCGAUCUAGCUCAAAAGAAAUACGUUGCCCUCACGCAGGAAAUUUAUAAUUCAUUGAUUGCAGGAGACAUUAAACUUUAAGUCUGGAAAUGAAAUAAUACGAGUAUGCUUUAAAAAUGAAUGGGUGUUUUGUGUGGCUUUUGUGGAAAAACUCUAGUGAAAGCUAAACUAGUUGCAGACUAAUCUCAGGGAGGAUCCUGGUUUCAUCUUUGUCAGAUUUUAAUGUCCAGUGACUAAUUUAGUUAACAAACUUUUGCUGUGAAAACGAUUAAUAAAAUGUAGCACGUUUAAUAGGAUUGUUUUGAGAAGUGUAAAUUCUGUUUUAUAAGUAAUAAAUAUACUUCCAUCACUCUCA